AUGCAACCACAGAUCUUAGUGCUGAAGGAGGGGACAGACCAGUCGCAGGGCAAGCCACAGCUGAUUUCAAAUAUCAAUGCAUGCCAACUAGUUGUUGAUGCGGUGCGGACUACCCUCGGUCCUCGUGGCAUGGACAAGUUAAUUGUGGAUCACAACGGCAAAGCAGUCAUAUCUAACGAUGGAGCUACUAUUAUGAAGCUCCUGGAUAUUGUGCACCCAGCGGCCAAGACACUGGUGGACAUAGCGAAAUCCCAAGAUGCAGAGGUAGGAGACGGCACUACAUCUGUGGUGAUUCUGGCUGGAGAGCUUCUGAAGAGGUUGAAGCCUUUUGUGGAGGAUGGUGUACAUCCACGAAUUAUUAUUCGGGCAGUGCGUACAGCUGCACGUCUUGCCAUUGAGCGAGUCAAGGAGCUUGCAGUCAAGGUUGAAAGCCAAUCCCCAGAGGAGCAGAGGGAACUUCUCCGCAAGUGCGCGUCCACGGCGAUGUCAUCGAAGCUGAUCCAUCAGCAGAAGGGUCACUUCUCACAGAUUGUUGUGGAUGCCGUUUUGUCACUGGAUGCUCCGCUUCUGCCGUUAGAUAUGAUUGGCAUCAAGAAAGUGUCCGGAGGUGCUCUAGAAGACUCCUUCCUGGUCUCCGGAGUGGCCUUCAAGAAAACAUUUUCGUAUGCCGGUUUUGAGAUGCAGCCCAAGAGCUAUGAAGACUGCAAAAUUGCUCUACUCAAUAUCGAGCUUGAGUUGAAAGCUGAGAGAGAUAAUGCACAGAUCCGUUUGGACAAUGUGAAGGAGUACCAGAAGGUGGUUGAUGCGGAGUGGCAGAUCCUGUACGAGAAACUGGCGGCGCUUCAUGCUAGUGGUGCUAACGUGGUGCUUAGCAUGCUGCCCAUCGGUGAUGUGGCCACACAGUACUUUGCUGAUCGUGACAUGUUCUGUGCGGGUCGAGUCCCCGCGGAGGACAUGAAGCGCACGCAGCGCGCGUGCGGGGGCGCUGUGCUCAGCUCCGUGCGCGAUGUGAAGCCUGACAGCCUGGGCCGCUGCCAGCACUUCACCGAGAAGCAGGUUGGAGGGGAGAGAUACAACAUUUUCACCGGUUGCCCAGCUGCCAAGGCCUGUACCAUUGUGCUGCGUGGUGGAUCAGAACAGUUCCUGGAGGAGACGGAGAGGUCCCUGCAUGAUGCUAUCAUGAUUGUGCGCAGGACUAUCAAGAAUGAUGCAGUUGUUGCUGGUGGCGGUGCAAUAGACAUGGAGAUAUCGAAGCACCUGCGCGAGUUCUCAAAGGGUAUUGCGGGCAAAGAGCAGUUGCUCUUAGCGGCUGCAGCUCGUGCCUUCGAGGCGAUUCCUCGCCAGCUAGCUGAUAAUGCUGGUCUUGAUGCCACCAGUCUGCUGAACAAGUUAAGGCAACGGCAUCAUGCCGGCGACGUUUGGUACGGCAUAGACAUACAGAAGGAGGACAUCGCGGACAACUUCGUGAACUGCGUGUGGGAGCCUGCAGUAGUCAAGGUCAACGCCAUCACGGCCGCUUGUGAAGCUGCAGCACAGAUCCUGUCAAUAGACGAGACGAUCAAGAACGUGAAGGGCGAAGCGCCACCACAGAUGCCUGGCCGCGGUAUGGGACGUCCAAGAAUGGGAUAA